GGCGACUCGGUGUCUCGCCGAGGCCCCUCUCUUGCUCGGUUCCAGAGGUGUCCCGCCGCGGUGGCUCCGUCUCCGUUGCCUCCCGGUACCGCGGCAUGGCCCGCAGCAGUGAGCACUUCGGUGCCUUCCUGGAGAGGAGCGUUAAAGUCACCUUAAAAUGUGGCGUCUUCCAGGGGGUGCUGCAGCACCUGGGCCCCGAGCGGAGCCUCCUCCUGCGGUCAGUGAAGAACUUGGAAACGGGCAGAAGCACUCCAGGACUAAAGAUGUUUUUUGGCCAUGAAAUAGUCAGGGUGGAAUUGCUGGAUGAACCAAAUUCAGGGAAGAGAACAGCAAUGCCCUCUGAUGAAGUAGUAUUGACCUCAGACUGCCCUGUCACAGAAAUGAAGCAUGUUGUGACAUCUUCAACCAGGUGCACUUCAGCUGCUGAAGGGAACAAACAAGCAGACACAGGACAAGCAGGUUGUGGCCCAUGGAGUUCUCCUUGUGUUUCCCUGGAGAGCCAGCUCAGAGCCUCAAAUAGGUUAAAAUACUCCCCCUCAGAGAAGAAGGAAGAAGAGAGUGUGGAGUACACAGUUGUUGAUUGUUUCCAGCAGAAAUUUGGCUCAGCAAUACUCCACCUAAAACAGCAGAGUGUUGUCAGUGUAGCAGGAGAAGGUCUUAAUUUGUGUCGUCAUGGUAAACUCUCAUUGCUUGAGAUGGCAACAAAGAGCCGGAUUUUUCUCUUUGAUAUCUUCCUUCUGGGACCUCAGGCUUUCAAAAAUGGGUUACAAAUGGUGCUUGAAGAUAAAAACAUCUUGAAGAUCAUGCACGACUGCCGCUGGAUCUCAGACUGCCUCUUUCACCAGUAUGGUGUCCUUCUCUCCAAUGUCUUUGAUACACAGGUUGCUGAUGUUCUGCAGUUCUCAAUGGCAACUGGAGGUUUCCUUCCACACCGUGUCUGCUCCUUCCAGGAGUGUUUGAUGCAGCACUUGAAGAUACCUUCCACGUGGCUUGCCAGCAUCAAGUGCAGGCAGCAGAUGGCUUCAGAGAAUCCUGACAAAUGGUUCCUGAGACCCCUUCCAGCUUCUCUGCUUAAAGCACUUGCUCUGGAGGCUCUGUGCCUUUUGCUGCUCCACUCAUCUCUAAUGGAUACCUUGAUGUCUGACCUGACAGCUGUAGUACAUGAUUAUUUACUUACUUACCAGACUGGCUCUGGAGUUCACCUGAGGAGCACAAAGCCCAGUUGCAUGGAGCUGCCAGAGGAGCUGCAUCAGCUGGCAGCCACCCAGAAGCAGAGGCAGAAGAAAGCAGUAAAAGAGUACAGAAUGAAUGAAGAUGGUCUUUUGAUCAGACCAGUCAUGGAAUUAAAAGAGGAAAGUGAUCCACAGAAGGAUGGGAACUGCAGAGGUGACAGCAAUGGCUUUCCCACAGAUAAAGCUGUGGCUCAGAUGACAUCCUUCUACUCUGAGGAUUUGCUUUCUCAACAAAAGCUUGAAAAUCAAAAUCAGGUGUAAUUAUCUGUGGAAGAACCUUAUACCAGCCUCAGGCUGGCAACUUGGUGAGCUCAGACUGGGUAUUUUAAGAUGUCCACAUGGGCCACUCCCAUGCAGAAGUGUCAACAAAAGCUCCUUAUGUUUACAGUGACAGGUAAACCCAUUGUUGAAUAGAAACAAUAAUGUCCUUUCUUUCAAAGUAAAUUCCUUCUUCUUUUCUCGAGGUCUGUUCUUGGGAUCCAUUUUUUUCAAGAGUUAUUUUUUAUUUUAAAACAGUUUGGGUUUUUUCUUACAUUGUUAUCAUUAUGUCUUAAAUUGUAUUAGGUCUUUUGUUACCUGUUGCAGGUAUGUAAAACUUGCACCCAACCCAGAUAUGAAAAUAGAGGAGCUUAUAAACUGCCUGUUCAUUGAGAUUAGGAGGAAUUUGCUUGGAAAAAGUAAAAAAAAUCUUCUGGCCAAGCCAUGUGGGCUUACUUUAUAUGCAGAUAAGACCCUUCACAUAGGUAUAGAGCAGUCUUUCAUUGGAGUGAAGAAGUUGACACCCUAAAUAACCACUCUACUGGCAAAAACAGUGAAGAAGUGGAGUAAUUUUCUGACAAGUCAGUUAUUUUAGCUGAGAAGUUGCCUGCCAAAAGUUGUGUGACACUGCUGUUUAUCAGCAGGGCUGUAUCAAACCCCUAUAGAUAAGGCUGCAUAACAUUAAUGUGGGGUGUAUAUGGACAAGUGUCCAUAUACAGAAAGGGGAAAGCAGGCAAAUUAGUUUAAAAUAUGUAUAGCUUUCCCCCAUGAGCAAAAUUAGGUAAAACUGGUUAUUUCCACUAUAUUUGUUUUGCCUGCUAUUUGCUAAAAGUGCUUUCAAUCCUCCAGUUGACAGCACUGCUGUGCCACAUGACAAAUGGGACAUGCCUGAGUCUUGGAACUUUCUGGCCUGUCACUGUGUUUGAUUUGCCAGCACAGGUAUAAUUAAAAUUCUUUGAAGUUCUGGAUUUUUGCACAUUUAUGUAUUUAAAUACAUAAAAAAAUACUACAGGUCUUGCCACUCAAAUGCUUCAACUAGAAUGAGGAACACCAUAUUGAAAUGUAAGGAGAGUUUUGCUCUCAGGGUUGUGCCUGGCUGUAUGAACAUGAAACAGGGGAGAAAGGAAGAGGGAUCAGUGUCCUGCACAGGCUGCAGCCCAGAACAACCUGAGCUGCAAAUGUGUUCAUGGUAACAUCAGGUCCCAAGGGAAACAACAUCUCCAUGUGAGUUCUGAACCAAUUCCUGACAGAGCUCUUUCCCUCUGGAGGUAAAUGGGUGCAAACAGAUGCCUGUGGUGUAGCUGUGCAUUCCUUUUAAAUACUGUUAGGGGAAAACAGGUUGGGGUUUGUUGUGGGGUUUUGGAUUUUUUUGUGUUUGGCUGGGUUUUUUUUUCCUCUUCAGAAGGUUUGUAACCCAGCAGUAUUUCAGUAGUUCUCUUUGAAAAUAGAGAUGGGAUUUGCUGGUUUCUAGGAGUGGCUGAAAAACUUACAAGGUUUUCUCUUUGUCAGUAAGUUUUCUACACUUUAAACUCUUAACAGUGUUCUAUAAUCAAGCUGUAUGGUUCCUUUGCCUCACUUCAAUUUAGAAAAAUAAAACAGGUUUGAG